GUAUUUCGAUCACGGAAAAUAUUGAAAACAAAUAAAGGCAGCUUCUUCAAAACUUCAAUAUGCCAACUUUGAAAGGCUCAAUUAUCAGCACAGAAAGAAAUAUUAAUGAAGAGUAUGUAUCAUGUUGCAGUCUCACCAGUUCCAACCAUAACACAGUUGAGCCAUUAUAAGGUCUCUCAUUAAAACCAAAAAGCAGCCACCGAAAUCAACACUCAACCAUGUCGUGUUCCAUUAAACUAUUAAUUAAACCAUUCUAUUAAUACCACCACACUAUAGUACCCAACUAUUACUAUCAAACUUAGGGUUUUGAGUUGAUGGCAACUGACACUCAAGAGUUUAUCAGAUCCAUGGAGUUCAAGCACGAAGAUGAAGAUGAUGAAGAGUUAGUGGAGCCUGUUAGUCCGACCGGACAGUACUUUAAUAGCUCGGUUUUAUCGGUUUGUGUUCUUUGUAUUUUGGAAUCGGAUAUUCCGAUUGAUGAUUCUCCUACUAUGACUUUGCUUCGAGAUGUUUUUCUCCCUAUCAACACUCGUUUUUCUUCGAUCAUGGUUACCGACGAAAAUGGUGAAAAACAAUGGAAGAAAGUUGACGUAAACCUCAAGAAUCAUGUAAACAUCCCAAAUUUCCCAAAUGGACUAUCUCCAAAAUCAUAUGAUAAAUAUUUCAAUGAUUACAUCUCAAAAGUUGCUCUACAAUCUCUUCCUCAAAACCAACCAUUAUGGGAAAUUCAUAUAAUAAAAUACCCUACUUCAAAUUCAGCUGGUAACGUGAUCUUCAAGCUACACCAUGCACUUGGAGAUGGAUUUUCUCUAAUGGGAGCUCUCCUUUCUUGCUUGCAAAGAUUAGACAAUCCUUCACUUCCAUUAACAUUUCCUUCACUUCAAGUUUUGCCUGCAAAACCUGAAACUAUAAGCCGGAGUGCUAAAAUGCGCGUGGGGUGUAAGAGUUUUAUUGGGUCGGUUUUUAAUACGGUGGUUGAUUUUGGGUGGAGUCUUCUAAAGAGCAGUGUGGUUGAGGAUGUUAAAUCUUCAAUACGUUCUGGGGAUGAUGGCGUGGAGUUCAAGGCAAUUACUGUGUCAACGAUGACAUUUUCUCUUGAUCGUAUUAAAGAAAUUAAGGCCAAGCUUGGAGUGACAAUUAAUGAUGUAAUCACAGGCAUAAUCUUCUAUGGAAUUAGAUUAUACAUGCUAGAAGUUAAUGAUAAAUCAAGCAAUGCACAAUCAACAGCUCUAGUAUUGCUAAAUACUAGAAUUAUUGGUGGCUACAAAUCAGUUAAAGAAAUGGUGAAACCUAAUGCUGAGUCACCAUGGGGGAAUCAAUUUGGUUUUUUGCACGUUUCAGUCCCUGAAUUAACCAAGAAUUCAGUUUCUAAUCCAAUUGAAUUUGUUGAGAAAGCUCAGAUAAUAAUUAAGAGGAAAAGAAGCUCUCUUGCUGUUAGUCUCACUGGCAGGCUCCUUGAGACUUUACGGAAACUUAGAGGACCUGAGGUAACAGCUAAGUAUAUUCAUAGCACACUGAAGAACUCAAGCAUGACAAUAUCAAAUGUAAUUGGCCCAGUUGAACAAAUGGCUUUGGCUGAUCAUCCAGUUAAAGGUUUAUACUUUAUGGUAGUUGGUGUACCUCAGAGUCUUACCAUAACAAUGGUGAGUUAUACAGGACAACUUAGAGUUGCUGUGGGGACAGAAAAGGGCUUCAUUGAUCCUCAAAAAUUCAAGUCAUGCAUUGAGAAUUCUUUUGAGAAGAUAUAUAAUGAAACAAUUUCCAAAACAAAUUAGUUUAAAAAUUCACAAUAAUAUACAAUUUUAAAACAUAUUAUUGCCUAAUCGGGUAUUCACGAGUUCAUUCUUCAUAUAAAUUUAUUUCUCAAUUGAAAAAUAAUGAAUAUUGUGUAAGCGUGAUUUAUGAAAACUCAGUUUAGACAAGAAUUUUCCGUACAGCUAAA